UCUCUCUCUCACAAGCCAACGCCCCUUCGUUUCCUUGUAGUUUCCACCCGCCCGUCCACAGCCUCCACUGGACACCCUGCAGACCGCGCACUGGACAGCUAUAUGCGUGGCUGCCUUGCCCAUCAACGGAUACUACACGUAUAUAUUUAUCAGAACGCAUAUCUACAUAUAGAUAUAUAGAGCUAUAUAGAGAUAUAUUUUCAUUUGCAAGCAUGGCUGACGAGACGACGGGAGGCAGCAGUGGAGUGGAAAAGUUUAAAAGUUAUGUGCGGACCAGAAAAGGCACGAUACUCGCCGUGGAAAUCUUCCUGUGUCUGGUGAUUCUGAUCUGCUACGCUGCCUCUCGCUAUGGGGGUUACUCGGCUGUGGCGGUCUGCGAGCUGGUCUUCGCUGUGGUGUUUCUCGUGGUCUUUGCACUGCAGUUCGACCAGCAGGUCAAAGUGAUCAGCUGGGUCUGGAGCGAUUUAAUCCGUGCUGUGAUUGGUGCUCUGCUCUUUCUUAUCACCUCUCUGAUCUCUGUGAUUGGUGGAGGCGAUGGAGCCAGAAUAGCAGGAGGGGUGUUCGGUCUGCUUGCCGCCGUUCUCUUUUCAUAUGAUUCCUACAUCAGCUACCUCGCCAUCAAGAGCUCCAAACACACUCCUGCAGCUACUGAUGUUGCUGACGACGUUUAACUGAGCUGGCCACAGAAA